GGACCAAUUUGCUGUGGAUUCAAAAGCUAAAGAAGAAGAUCUCUCGAUAACACGUUGUAACCAGAAUCCGUUUUUGCUCGUCCCUUGUGAUCGGCGCUUUACCAGUUUUGCGUUUUGUCGGUUUCUGAUCUUUUUCUUUUUUGUUUUCUUCCUCUCUGUCGCCAAUAUUCAGACAGAACCGACAACAGGUCUCGUUUAAUCCCGUUUCUAUUUCGUUAGAUGCAAGAAUGCAAUUGUGACGAAAGCGAAGGGAUGAACAUGUGCACUUGUUUGUUAACAAACUUUACACCUGCAUAGACAGUAGAUAAUCAGAGAGGUACACAGUGGGAAACAUGAGAAGACCCAGCCAAAUGAUGAAGCUUCUUUUAGCAUCUUUUUUUGGAGUUAUAGUUGGUUUCCUUAUGGGUAUUACUUUCCCUACUCUCACCUUAACUAAGAUGAAUCUUCCGUCCACGUUGUUUCCUUCCAUCGAUCUUGCAUACAUUGAGGAUAAAUACUCAGACUUAUCAAGAAAAAGACUCUUUAGCUCUUGGUCUUCCACAAAGAGCCCCAAACUCAAUAAAGACAUCCCUGAUCCACCCUAUACCUACAAUGACACUAAGAUAUGGGUUCCUACUAAUCCUCGUGGUGCUGAGAGGCUACCUCCAGAUAUAGUCACCCCUGAAUCAGAUUUAUACCUCCGUCGAUUGUGGGGUGACCCUAAUGAGGAUUUGAAAACGAAGCAGCGGUAUCUAGUUACGUUUACCGUUGGUUAUGGUCAGAGGAAAAACAUAGACGCUGCGUUGAAGAAGUUCUCAGAUAACUUCACUAUAAUGCUGUUUCACUACGAUGGCCGGGCCAGCGAGUGGGAAGAGUUUGAAUGGUCCAAGCGAGCCAUUCAUGUGAGCAUUAGGAAACAAACAAAAUGGUGGUACGCCAAGAGGUUUCUUCAUCCGGACAUAGUUGCUCCCUAUGAUUAUAUCUUUAUAUGGGACGAGGAUCUUGGCAUGGAACACUUUGAUGCAGAGAAAUAUUUGGCGGUGGUGAAAAAACAUGGUUUAGAAAUCUCACAGCCUGGGUUAGAGCCAUAUGAAGGUCUCACAUGGGAGAUGACAAAGAAAAGAGAUGACACUGAAGUUCACAAGCAUGCUGAGGAGAGGAAUGGCUGGUGCAGUGAUCCAAAUCUACCCCCUUGUGCAGCAUUCGUUGAGAUUAUGGCUCCUGUUUUCUCCCGUAAAGCAUGGCGCUGUGUGUGGCAUAUGAUUCAGAACGAUUUAAUUCAUGGAUGGGGUCUAGAUUUUGCGGUUCGAAAAUGCGUUCAGAACGCACACGAGAAAAUUGGAGUGGUAGAUGCUCAAUGGAUUAUUCAUCAAGGUGUUCCAUCACUGGGAAACCAAGGACAACAAGAGCAAGGGAAACAGCCAUGGGAAGGGGUGAGGGAAAGGUGUAGGAGAGAGUGGACGAUGUUCCAAGACAGAUUGGAUGAAGCAGAGAAAGCUUACUAUGAAGCAUCUGCUCACAAGAAUGUUUCUUCUUCACGACCUCACCGGUAACCAAAGACAAAAACUGUCUCUCUCUCAGACUUUCACUCCGUUGCUUUCGUUUUGUGUUUGUGGAAGGAGAGCAGUCUCUUUUAACCUCUCUGCUAAGGAAAUAUUCUAAGCACAUACGUUAAUUUUUUUAUUUUCUUUUGUUAAAUCAUAGUAUUGUAUGAGAACUCAGGGAGGAAAUAUAGAUAAAUAAUAUGCGCUUCUUACUUUUAUCACUUUAUAUAUAAAAAAAAAG